AGCCAGAAGACAAGACGUACAGGGAGGGGAAGGAGGAGGAGACUGGAGGUUCAGGCGGCGGAAUUGGGGGGGCAGCGAUAAACACAACAUGGCGGAAGGAGCCGCCGCUGCCGCGCAAGCCAAGGAGAGGCGGAAGGAACAGCUGAGGCAGUGGGCUCGGUCCUGUACCAACCAGGAACCCGCCGAACCGCGCUGGCAGCGGCGAAGGAGAAGGCGGCGGCGAUUAGGGGACUGUCAGGAGGAGGAAGAUGAGGGGGACCGGGGUUCCCAGGGAGAAGGCGAUGGGCGCGCGGUGCGAUUUGAAAGGGCGUCCGAGUUCCUGGCAACAUGCGCAGCUGGGGAUCUGCUGGAAGCGGACGAGAUGUUGUCAGGGGACAGUGGCAAGGAGGUGAUUGACAGCACCAAUACGGAUGGGAUCAGCGCCCUGCACCAGGCAUGUAUUGAUGAAAACCUGGAGGUGGUAGAAUUUCUUGUAAAUCACGGAGCCAAUGUGAACCAAGCAGAUAAUGAGGGAUGGACUCCUCUACACGUGGCGGCCUCCUGUGGCUACAUGGAGAUCGCAGAGUAUCUCCUGAAACAUUCUGCGAAUAUUGCUGCUGUAAAUAGUGAUGGGGAUGUCCCACUUGAUAUUGCCGAGGACGACUGUAUGGAGAAUUUGCUGCGUGCUGAAAUUGCAAAAGGAGGUGUUGACAUUGAGGCUGCAAAGAGGGAAGAAGAAGAAGUAAUGCUGCGUGAUGCUCGGCAGUGGUUAAAUGCAGGAAAAAUUGAAGACAUCAGGCAUUCAAAGACUGGUGCAAGCGCCUUGCAUGUUGCUGCAGCUAAAGGCUAUAUUGAGGUCAUGAGGCUUCUGCUCCAGGCUAAUUAUGACCCAAAUUCACGCGAUAAAGAUGGCUGGACCCCUCUUCACGCUGCAGCUCAUUGGGGAGUGGAAGAAGCCUGUCGACUUCUUGUGGAACAUUUUUGUGACAUGAACGCACUCAAUACUGUGGGACAAAAGCCAUGUGAUGUUGCAGAUGAGGAUGUGCUUUCACUGUUGGAAGAGCUGCAGAAAAAGCAGGAAGAUCUUCGCAAUGAAAAAGAAGCCAACUUGAAACGUGCUGUGAUAGACACAAAUAUGGAACAACAUCCAUCUUACACCAAUAAGCACAGAAGGAGUUCAGUGUGUCGAAUGAGCAGCAAAGAAAAAAUAUCUGUGCAGGACCAGUCAAAAGAAAGGAAGACAUUGGGAACAAUUUGCGUUGGGGAAGAAGAAACUAUUUCCAGCUCAGAAGAAGAAACUGCUUCAGAGCAUGGGAGCAAAACACAAGUGAAUGAAAAUGGGCUUCUACCUGAUGCACAUAACAGCACUGCCAGUUCUGCUUCUUCUGUGCAAAAGCCCCUUCUCACCUUUGUCACCCCCAUCUUGCCUCUUGCUGGACCAGCGGGUCCCUCCAUGUGGCGUCAAACUUUGCGCAAAACUGGCAUCAUUCUGGUGCCUCAAAGAGGCCAAAAGGCUGCGUUCACUGGGUCCCCCAGCAGCGUCUCCGAAAAAAGUGAACUAUCCCUGUCCAACUUGAGAGCAGGUUUACGCAAAACUGGCAGCUAUGGGGUUCUGCAAGAUGCCAAAUUAGCAGACAGUAGCAUCAAAGAUCUUGGGAUCAAGCGCUCUGCUUCAAGUCCCCGUUUGGACACCCAAAAGAGGCACGACGCUUGGGAGAUUCUUCACAAAUGGAACCAGAAACUAAAAGAAUCAGGAGCAAGCAGCGUUGUACAAGCAGAGAACAAAACAGGGUGCAUGUUAGCCAGCUGUAGGGAAGGGAAGCCUUCAGGCCACCUGAAUAAAGAACCCCUGUUGGCUCGUGUUCAGCCAACUCCAAGCAGAUGGAUUUUCUCUCCCCCUGAGAGCCUGCAAGAUUGCAAGAAAGAAGACAGUGAAGGUGGAUUACAGAUGAAACUUGAUAUGGUCCCCACCACACAGUUGCACACAAACACUUCCUCCAGCAUGGAUGCCACUUCCUCUACAUCGUCCUCCAGCACAUGUGUCAGCCCUGAGUCACAAGAUAAGCGAAGGUCCUACCAGGCACCAGUCCGCGAUGAAGAAUCAGAGUCUCAACGAAAAGCACGCUCAAGACUUAUGAGGCAGUCAAGGAGGUCUACUCAGGGUGUCACACUAACGGACUUGAAAGAGGCAGAGAAGACCAUGGGGAAAUCAGUGGAUACUCCCCCUACUGAGACAGAUAUUAAAGCAGAAGACAGGGGGGAAAAGGAGCAGUCCUUGGAAGGUUCAGAUAUUACCAGACGACUGGGGCUGCCAAGCACUGAGCAGAACAUGUCUGCUUCACCUUUGAAUACUGGGAAUUCUCCCUCCAAAAAAGAACUAGAAUCAACUAGCAAAGAGGAAAUGGAAGCUGAAAGCCAAAACCAUUUGACAGCAAGAGACAGAAGAAAAUGGCGUAAAGACCAACGACUGGGCUUGGGGACAAAUUCUUAUACGGGGAUGGAGAAUGAAGAGGCAGAAUCAGUAAAUCACAAUGAAACAGCUGGAUAUGGGGUAAAUGAAAGCUGGAGCAGUCUUCUGCCUCACAGAACUGGGAGUCACACAUUUCAAAGGCAUAGCAAUAAUUACAGCUCAAAAGAAGAGUCUGAAAAGGACUAUAAGAGGUUGUAUGAAAACCUGUUUGCUGACAAUGAAACGCUUAAAGACCAGCUUCAAGAGACAGAGCUGAAGCUUACCCAGAUACGGCUAGAGUUGGAACGAGUCACACAGAGACAGGAGCGCAGUGCAGAGAGACCUGCAUUACUGGAGCUUGAGAGAUUUGAACGAAGAGCACUAGAGAGAAAAGUGGCUGAACUAGAAGAGGAGUUAAAGGUUCUCUCUGAUUUAAAGGCAGACAAUCAAAGACUGAAAGAUGAAAAUGCAGCCUUGAUCAGGGUCAUCAGCAAACUUUCCAAGUGAAAGCAGUAGAGGACUAAUGACGGCGACCACAGACACCCUGCUUGCAUAACAACGAGGUCCUAAAGAUUUUUGCCUGCAAGGCCAAAAAUUGUGGACCUCUCCUGACUUUGUUAGCUGCUGCUGCAGAAAGACUUGUAUGAGCAACAGAAAAUGUCUGUGUUUGGUUUGCUACACACACUGGAGCCAGCCUUUCCGAGAGCCGAAAUCCCUAAUCCAUGGCCAUAAUGGAAAUGUCUCAUGUGCUAGUUUAUUAAAUGGUUUUAUUCA